AUGAAGAUGGCAUUAACACUGCUCCGGGACGGUUCAAAGCCUAAUGUUGCGCCGUCGAUGUCCAUCAUCGGCACACAAUACUUGCCAAUGGACGUCACAUCAAUGAUCGGCUCAGAUCUGAACAACAACGGCCUUAUUGAUCGACUUGCACCUUGCGUCUACGGUACAGAGUUCGCCGCUGUCAGCCCUGUGACAGCGGCCAUGUUGCGCUUAACCUCUGUCACGGUCUCUGUCUUCCCGCUCCUCGUACGCUGUGUCCCUUGGGAUGCCCACGGGGGAGUUCAUGGCAGGCGGUACGACUUCGCUAUCACGGAGACUCUGAUGUCGACCCUCGUGGAGACGUCGACUAUGACAACCUACACUACGGUGUUCUCUACUGAAUCUGUCGUCACUGCGUCCAGCACGCCAUCGUCAGCAUCUGGCGCUCUGCCGAUCUUGAUUGUCCCACCUGCACUCCUGCCCUCCGCAGUCAUCGGACUGGCUCCUUCACCGUCCUCCGUCCCUACGUCGGCGUCGUCCACGGCUAACCAACUUACCCCUUCUCCAACCACGCAGCCUCUGGUAAUGGCAUACUAUCCAGACUGGGCAGCACCGGCUUUUCCUCCAGAAAAAAUCGACUUUGGCCGCUUCGAUUGGAUAGACUUCGCCUUCGCUGUGCCCGACCAGAAGUACAACCUUACCUGGGAUGGCUCCGACGAUGAUCCGAGUCUACUCACUAGGUUAGUCUCUGCGGCACACAACAGUGGGAAGAAAGUCAAGCUGAGCGUUGGGGGGUGGUCUGGCAGCAAGUACUUCUCUACGGCUGUCUCGAACCAGAAUAAUCGGCAGACGCUCGUCAACAAUCUUCUCGCGGCUUACCAACAGUUCAAUCUCGACGGCAUCGAUAUUGACUGGGAGUACCCGGGACAAGAUGGUGCUGACGGUAACAUCGUGAACCCGAAUGACACGGCGAAUUUCUUGUUGUUCCUGCAGCUUCUACGGACGACACUUCCGCCAACAUCUAAGAUCUCGGCAGCCGUGCAGACUGUGCCGUUCGCAGACACGCAGGGAAAUCCUAUGACAGACGUCUCCGACUUUGCCAAGGUGUUGGAUUGGGUCUUGCUUAUGAACUACGACUCCUGGGGCUCUUCUGCUACACCGGGUCCCAACGCUCCACUGAGCGAUGGCUGCCACAAUUCCACGCAAGGCAGUGCGAAUGCGGCCGCAGCACUGAAUGCAUGGACGUCAGCCGGAUUCCCGGCCUCCCAGCUCGUUCUCGGUGUCCCGUCCUACGGCUACAUCUCGCGAUCCAACGCCACCGUGCUCCGGACUCGCUCCCAAUCGUGGCAUUCUUUACACCGCAAUCGCUUGCGACGCUCCCUCCUGGGACUGACCGAGGCGGUUGUAUCAGGCCUCGAGACCGCGGCCUCCCCUGCCAUACAGGCGACAAACGAGGACGGAGGGACAAACAACGGGCAGAUUCAGUUCCGCGACCUCGUGAGCCAAGGCGUCCUGCAAUACGCUCCGGAGGACGCGAACAACACCGCAACUGGCGCCCCCACAAGCAUGCUUGUAAACGGCCGAGAAAUUGACAGCCUCUACGACGGGUGGAGCGGUUUCUCUAGGUACUGGGACAACUGCUCGAGCACUCCGUUCCUGCGAUCUCCGCAUGCGGACCAGGUUGUCACGUACGAUGAUCCCCUGUCCCUGGGGCUCAAAGCGGCAUUCGCGGCACAGUCUGGGAUGCUCGGCGUGAAUAUGUUCGAUGUUCAUGGCGAUACGGAUCAGUGGGACCUGACUGACGCCCUGCGAAAAGGAUUGGGACUGGGCUGA